AUGUUCUCCAACAAAAAUUUGCUUCAAAAUUCUCUCAUUUUGAUUACUGUAUUUUCUCUCAUUUUAAAAUUAAAUUGUCAAAAUGAAAUUAAUGAACAACCUCAAGUUUUGACAGAUACUGAAGAUUUCUAUGCAGUUGAUGAGAAAAGAGUCCCUCAUCCAGGGUAG